AUGCUAGACCUACACAACACCAAACGAGGCCUUCAUGGUGCUACAGACGUUCAUUGGAAUAAUACUUUAUUUGAUUAUGCAGCAGCUUAUGCUUCAAAAUAUGAUUGCAGUGGUGUCUUGACUCAUUCUGGUGGUCUUUAUGGUGAAAACUUGGCUAUUGGUUAUUCUACAGAUGGUGCAAUGGAAGCUUGGUACGAUGAAGGUAAUAAUUUCCCUUAUGGAACUGAAAGUGAAUAUAAUCAUUUCACUCAAGUUAUUUGGAAUGGGUCUACUUCUAUCGGUUGCUCUCCAAAGUAUUGUAAUUCAGUAUGGGGAACAUAUAUCAUAUGUUCUUACUUUCCAGCUGGUAAUGUCAUAGGAUAUGAAUCAGAAAAUGUAUUUCCUCCUAUAUAG